AUGAGUGCUGACCGGCUAUUGGAGGAGACCCUGAUGAAGCGGUCUCAGCAGAAGAGGAUAACAUCGCCGCUGAACUACAAGGAGAGAGUGUUUGUUCUCACUAAGACCAAGCUCACAUACUAUGAGUUCAGAGCCGAGAAGAAGUUUAAGAAGGGGUCAAUCGACCUGCAGAAAGUCAGGUGUGUGGAGAUCGUGAAGAAUGGAGGAGGAGUCAUACCCUGUCAGAACAAAUACCCCUUCCAAGUGGUGCAUGACUCCAGUACUCUCUACGUAUUCUCUCCUAGCCCUGAGAGUAGGAACAUCUGGGUCCAAAUUAUCAAGGAAG